CCCAGUCUUUACCAUUUUGCACGUCAAUAACGCCUGGCGGUUUUUUCGUUUUGCGGAAGGCGGUUUUUCAAAAUGACAGCACGUUUUGAUUACGUUCCCGUCGUGGAAGUUUCAGCAGACAAUUUCUCAGAGGUAUGGCCUUCGAUUGUCCGUGCAAUAAAGAAAUCUACCUUCGUGGCGGUCGAUACGGAAAUGAGUGGUAUUGGAGACAGAAAGAAUCUUAUGGCGCAAUUUCUGGAAGAUCGAUAUAAAUACAUGCGGGAAGUGGCACAAUCCAGAGCUAUACUUUCCCUUGGCAUUUCAUGUUUCAAGUUGAAGAAAACAAAGGCUGGUAAUGACACAAAGAACAAAGAAUCAGAAGGAAGGCUAAACAUCAGGGUCAAGACUUACAACAUCGUUGUCCUCUGUACAGAAAAUUUUGUUGUCGAACCAGCAUCGUUAACGUUUUUGGUUGGACACGGCUUUGACUUUAACAAACAGUAUGCUAAAGGAGUUCCCUAUACAAGGGGAGAUGAUAAGGAACCUUCUAAAUUGGCAUCCCAGCACUCUGUACGGAAUCUCUUCAAUGAACUAAUCAUGGCCAACAAGCCACUUGUACUUCACAAUGGAUUCUUAGAUUUGGUUUUCUUGUAAGAGAACUUCUACAGCAAGUUACCUGACAAAUUGCAAGUAUUCACUGCUGAUUUAUCAGAAAUGUUUCCAGCUGGGAUAUUUGAUACCAAGUUUGUCUCUGAGAACAGUGUCAGAGAACCAGCAUCAUUCCUGCUUUAUCUAUUUAAAAAGUGCCAGCGAAACAAUUUGCAACAUCAAAAGCAUGGACAAAAGCACGUCUGUUUGAAAUUUCCAGAGAAGACCGCGCUUACAGGUUUCACUGAGGAACUGUAUUGUGGAUCGCACGAUGAAAACGAGGCUGUUCAUGCUGACGUCCAUGUCUGUGAGAAAUAUGCGGCUUAUGGAUUUUGUCCUCGUGAGAAAACCUGUCUUCUUUCUCACGACGUGGAUGAUGUUUUGGAUCGUGAGUGGAAAAUGAAAGAAGCGAAAAGGCAGAAGCGCAAAAGGAAACAUCGAAGCUCUUCUGGUAACAACGCGCCCGAUGCAAACUCAGAGUGUGACAAUCAUAAUACGUCGACAACGGAAGUUCCCGAAGGUCUGGGCGCAAGUGAUAACCAUGAUGAUCACGUGACUCGACAACGUGAUGUUCACGUGGCUCAGUUCAACAACGCCAAGACACGUGACUGCGGACACAGGGCGGGCUUUGAUGCAUUUAUGACCGGCUACUGCAUGGCAACCUAUCUACUACAGCUUGGCAAGAAAACUGAGGAGAAUGAACUCACCCUCUCCUCCCUGGUGGAUGUUUCGAACAAGUUAAGCCUUACAAAGAAAGAGGUUCCAUUACAGAUCACACGAAGUCAUUUUAUUCGGCCGUCUGCCUCCCACAUUGAAAAACUUAAGCGACUGAAGGAACAACUUGUGCCAUACCCUGCGGAUUCGUGAAAAACUGCGUCAAGUUUCUCUUCGUAAUCCGACUCAAUCUUUGCCAGUCUAAAUGAUCCUUAUUUUUACGUUAGUUUACUAUUAUUUUAAGGUUUCAUUUUCUUUGAAAUUUACUUGUCACUGAAAGCAUGACAGCUCUUUUUAUGGCUGAAUUUCUAAGUUGUAAAGCGUGGUGUUUAACAUACAAACCCUUCUACAAUAGCUCAAUCGCGGGUGCUUUAAAACUGAUUAAUUAAUAAUAACAAACGUAGAGGUCUCUCAAAAGCAAUUUAACGAAGUCACGGAAACCACUUCCGUUCAUAGCGCCGUUAAAACUAAAAAUAAAAUUAUGAAUAAAAUUAUGGUGACUUUGGAACCAUAGAACACUACAUGAA